GCGGGUGGGGAGCCAUCGCCGGGGGUUGGUCGGACUCGGUUUCCCACAGUGCCCGGGGCGGGUGUCAUGGCGAAGGAUGACACCGGAGUUUGACGAAGAAGUGGUGUUUGAGAAUUCUCCACUUUACCAGUAUUUGCAGGAUUUGGGCCAUACAGAUUUUGAAAUAUGUUCAGCUGUGUCGCAGAAGACAGAACAACGCACAGCAGCGGAGGGGCAACAAGAACAAGAUACCUGUUUCACCCAGAAACAAGGCAUCCUGUCAAAACUAGCUGAGCUCUUUAAAAGCUCAUUUCCUUUUUCACCAUGUGAGAAAAAAGAUGACCUACUCUAUAGAUUGGAUGUUGGGUUUCGACUGGACUCUCUGUAUACCAUCCUGCAGCAGGAAGUUCUGCUACAUGAGGAUGUGGAACUGAUUGAGCUACUCGACCCCAGUAUCCUGUCUGCAGGGCAGUCCAAGCAACAGAAAAAUGGACACCUUCCAACGCUACGCUCCCUAGCAACUCCUAAUAUUUGGGAUGUGUCUCUGCUGCUUGCCUUUGUCAGUGCAUUAAUUAUACUUCCUUCAUGGUGGAAUGGAUCAUUCUGGCUGGUGUGGGGACUAGUUCUGUUUGUCUAUGUGAUCAUACGAGCUCUAGGCACAUGGAGGAUAGCCAAGCUGCAAAUGUCCCUGAGAAAAUACAGACUCCAGCUGGAAGAGACAGUGGCAAAUAGCCGCGCUUUUACUAAUCUUGUGAGAAAAGCUCUGCGACUCAUUCAAGAGACUGAAGUCAUUUCCAGAGGAUUUACCCUUUUGCUUGACAGGGUCAGUGCCGCUUGCCCAUUUAAUAAAGCUGGACAGCAUCCUAGUCAGCAUCUCAUCGGUCUUCGGAAAGCUGUUUACCGAUCUGUCAGAGCCAACUUUCGAGCUUCAAGACUAGCUACUCUGUACAUGCUGAAAAACUACCCUCUGAAUGCGGAGAGUGACAAUGUGACCAACUACAUCUGCGUAGUUCCUUUUAAGGAACUGGGUCUGGGUCUGAGUGAAGAGCAGGUGUCCGAAGAAGAGGCACACAACCUCACAGAUGGCUUCAGCCUGCCUGCCCUCAAGGUUCUGUUUCAGCUGUGGGUAGGACAGAGUUCAGAGUUCUUCAGACGAUUAGCACUGCUGCUCUCUCCAGUUAAUGCAUCCCGCAAGCCCUUGAUCAUUCCAGAACGUUUGCCUCAUUGUAUUUUGUCUGAUGUGACUCAAAGUCUACCUCACACUCAUGCUGCCUGCUUAGAAGAGCUUAAGCGAAGCUAUGAGUUUUAUCGGUACUUUGAAACUCAGCAUCAGUUAGGCUUGGAACAUGCAACCAAAACAAAACCGAAGUCCAGACCUCUGAACAGCCUUCACACAGCAGUGCGCAGCUUGCAGCUCCAUCUCAAGGCCCUACUGAAUGAGGUAAUAAUUUUUGAGGAUGAACUUGAAAAACUUGUUAGCGCUAAGGAGACACAUGAACUAACUUUAGAAGCCUAUCAAGUCCUAGAACAGAAACUAAAGCUGAUUCAGCCUCACAUCCAGGCAAGCAACAGCUGCUGGGAAGAGGCCAUUUCUCAGGUGGAAAAAAUGGUUCGAAGAAACCCAGAUAAAAAAGGCAAACCUGAAUCAUCUUGUGAUAACACACACUGCCCCAUGAUACCGUUACUACAGCCUGCCCUGCAUAUAGAGGACAAAGACCCAAUCCCUGAAGAGCAGGAAUUGGAAGCAUAUGUUGAAGAUACUGAUACAGACAAUGAGUACAAAAGGGAGGACUUUUAUUGCUUUUCCCAGGAAGAGAGAGAGAGACAAAAACGUGAGAGAGAGGAAUCCAAGAGAGUGUUACAAGAACUGAAAUCUGUGCUGGGAUUUAGAGCUUCAGAGGUAGAGAGACAGAAAUGGAAGCAGCUGUUAUUUAGUGAUCAUGCUGCAGUGAAGCCCUUGUCUCCUGUAGAAGCAGUGGAACCCAUACAUAAUUUGGAAUCCCCUUCGAAUUCAGAAGCAGGAAAGCAGGACUGUAACCAAACUAGUGAUGAUUCUGAGGAGAGAGACUCUAGCCCAAAAGCCCAUGUCACUGUAAGUGAGAGAAGCAGUACUGAAUAUUUAUAUGAUGAUCCUACGAAGGAUGAAAACAAAGACUUUACUGCUGAUGCAGGUGGAUCUCCAAUGGCUGUAAAAAGAACAUGUUACCAAUGUGAGGGUGCAGGAGAUGAAGUGGAGCCAACUGGUGUGGAUGGAAUAGAGGUUUUACAGCCCCGUUUGAGGGAUGCAUUACAGUCCUCCAUCAAGCAAAGGCUGGCUCAGCUCCAUAUAUCAACAGAUUUCAACUUCACAUCAGGUCUGGCUGCACAGGUUGCUGCCAGAUCACUUACUUUUACUACCAUGCAAGAACAGACUUUUGGAGAUGAUGAGGAGGAGGAGGAGGAGAAGACAGAGGAGAAUGAAAACCAUGUGGAAGAGAACAAGAAUGAAGACAGGCUUUGAAAAUGAAGGCGGAUUCUAAGUCCUACCUGACCUUUGUUAAACAUUGCAUUGCUUACUUGAAUUCCAUAAAAGGCAGGUGAUGUGAUUGAAAUAGCUCAGGCAUGAAUUCAGAGAGGAAAAUGCUGGAUGGAAAAAUUGAGACCUAAAUGUAAUGCUUACUGUUCCCUAUAUAUGAAGCUCUCAAUAGGGCUUUCCCACUAUAUUGAUGAUUAUAUGCAGGUAAGCUAAGGAGAUAAAGGCUGGAACCCAGGAGUAGUCGUUUGUCUCCUUCUGAUGACACCACUGGUGGAUUUUGGAACUUACCUUAAUAAUUUAUGUUUGUUUAUUUAUAUUAUAUAAUUUUUUUCUAAAAAGAAGACAAAAGAAUGUCUUGAAUUUCAGCAUAUUCUGUCAUUUCCUGAUAUUGUUGUCGUAGUAGCAGUGUUAAUUAUAACACAUGUCAGAGUGAUUCUUUUUGAAAAACAUAAACUCUGUCAUAUGGUCUUCCACACCUCCUUUGCUUUGCCUUUAGUGUCUGCCAUAUAUUUGUUAACAACCUGAUAUAGUUGUAACUUCAUUGGUUAAAGACCCUCCCAAACAAAAACGCGGAAUUUUAAAUAAAAACGUGAAAGUUGAUGUGUCCUGGAGUAUUGGGCUAAAGUAGUAUGAAGUUAGUCGCUCUACAUAUUAAGGUUCCAUUUAUAAAUAGUUUAUAAAGGAUGAAUAAGUAAUUAAUAAAUGUUAUAAGCAAAUUAUAGAUGUGAGCAGUGUGUGUUAUGGAUAGUUAUAAGCACAUGAGUAGGUGUUAUAGAUGGCUAGAAGCAGCCUGUUGGACUUUAUAACAAUAUAUACCAAUUCUUUUACCAUUAUUAAAACACCUAUUAAUGAUUUGUUGGCCCUUUGUAAGUGGAACCUUAAUAUAAGUGUGACUUAGGUUAUUUACACAGGAUUACAGAGUACAGUAUUAUGUACAUUUGUUCUCUUGUAGAGCUGUUGUUAGGUGCUGGAAUAAAUUUUUAAGCUAAGUUAAAUGAGUGUUUUUUAAAUGAUGUACAAUAAUUUUGUUUAAAUGUUAAACUUGCUUUUCCUAAUGUUCUUUCAUUUUUCUCUGUAUCGUAGCUACUACCUGUCUGUCUAAGACCAGCAGAGAACAUGCACUUACAUCCUUUCAAAUUAAGCUGUAUCUUGUAACCCAGUUGACACUUAAGUCUAAACCAGUGGUUCCCAAACUUUAUCAACGUGUGAACCCCUUUCACUAAAAUGUCAAGUCUCGUAAACCCCCUCCUAAAAAUAACUAUUUCAAGGAUUUUCUCCUUUACCUGCAUAUAAGUUAUUAAAGCAGUGAUCUUGGAAAUAUAAAAUUUUUUAUGACAUGCUUAUUACACACUAUUUAUUAUUAUUUAUCAUUACAAUAUUUUUAUUACAUUAUGAAAACGGCACCACUCUUCCAACAUCUCACUUGUAUCACUUUGAAUAAGCCUGUUAUAAGACAAGGCUCCUAUGUUUCAUCAAGGAGUAUCAGAUGUGAAACAGCAUUGGCCUACUAAACCCAGGAUUGUGAGUUCAAUCCUUGAGAGGACCAUUUGGGGAUUUGUCCUGCUUUGAGCAGGGGGUUGGACUAGAUGAUCUCUUGAGGUCCCUUCCAACCGUAAUAAUCUAUGAUUCUAUGAUCUAUUUAAGAAGCCAACUCAAAGAGUUCCUCCUACACAAGCAUUCAGGUCUUGAGCAGUCCAGGCAAUCAACGCACGUUACAACAAAGCUUAAACUUGUUCUUCAUAAUAAUUUUAAAAACAAUACUAGCUGCCUAUUUAAUUUUAAAAACAGCAAAAAAUAUCCAUCUCCCUUUCCAUUAAUUAUAAGGAGUCUUGAAGUUUAAAUCUCCUCAGUGUGGUAGAUAUGCUUGCUUUGAUCUGCUUAGCUCUUGGAAGUCCAGGCGCUCUGGGCUGCUGGCCCCAUGCUGCCCGGGGUCCCUAUGGACAACUCUGUCUGCCAUUAGGGAAUUUUUUCCUGAGAACCCCCUGUAACAUUUCACAAGCCCCCAGGGGUUCACAAACCCCAGUUUGGGAACCACUGGUCUAAACAUACAGUAUGGGGCUAUUUGUUUCUCUCUGCAGCACUGAUUUAGAGAGCAGUGAACUGGGACAUAGAAAAAAGAAUGAGGAGUACUUGUGGCACCUUAGAGACUAACACAUUUGGGCAUAAGCUUUCAUGGGCUAAAACCCACUUUAUCGGAUGCAUGCAGUGGAAAAUACAGUAGGAAGAUAUAUAUGUAUACACAGAGAACAUGAAAAAAUAGGUGUUGCCAUACCAACUAUAAUGAGACUAAUCAAUUAAGGUGGGCUAUUAUCAGCAGGAGAAAAAAACUUUUGUAGUGAUCAUCAGGAUAGCCCAUUUCCAACAGUUGACAAGAAGGUGUGAGUAACAGUAGGGGAAAAAAUUAACAUGGGGAAAUAGUUUUACUUUGUGUAAUGACCCAUCCACUCCCGGUCUUUAUUCAAGCCUAAUUUAAUAGUGUCCAGUUUGCAAAUUAAUUCCAAUUCAGCAGUUUCUCAUUGGAGUCUGUUUCUGAAGUUUUCUUGUUGGAGUAUUGUGACUUUUAGGUCUGUAAUUGAGUGACUAGGGAGAUUGAAGUAUUCUCCGUCUGGUUUUUGAAUGUUAUAAUUCUUGAUGUCUGAUUUGUGUCCAUUUAUUCCUCCACAAAAGCUUAUGCCCAAAUAAAUUUGUUAGUCUCUAAGAUGCCACAAGUACUCCUCGUUCUUUCUGCUGUUACAGACUAACACGGCUACCACUCAGAAACCUGUGACAUAGAAAAGGUUAACUCUACAGAAAGGGAGAGCAAUGGUUUCAUGACAUUGGCCUCCUGCCCUCUGACACAAAGGAAGCCCAUCCUCAGAGUUAGGGUUCCAUGGCUCAGGCUGAGAGAGAGCAGACACACACAGUGGAUCUCUUGGACUUGGAUGGAUUUCCAUUCAGAAAUCAGGCCAGUAAUUACUCGUAUCAGGGGGUAGCCAUGUUCGUCUGUAUCAACAAAAACAACAAGGAGUCCGGGGGCACCUUAAAGACUAACUGUUUUAUUUGGGCAUUUCAUUAAAGACUGUCUUUUAGUCUUUAAGGUGCCACUGGACUCCUUGUUACUCCUGAUAACUUCUCUCUGCAUCUUCCAACUUCUUGGUGUAGGGUAUGGUGCACCCAUUGGCAGGGACUUAAUGGCAGUAAAGUUCCUGAGGGUAUUGGCUGCCAUGAGGGAAUGCGCAAAGGGAGCUCAGUGGAUGCUCCCACACCUGAGACAACAUCCCCUUGGCCAUUUUGUAACAAGACCAACCCUGCCCUGCAACCUUCUCCCUCCCCUGGUAUUGAUUUUGAGGAAACACUGUGGGUAUAAAUAUGUGAAGUUUCACAGCCCCUCAAUGGGGAAAUAUUAACAUGUAAUGGAGGGAGUAAGUGGCUCAGGAUUGUGUGUAACCUCUGCUGUCUUCCCCCUGUUUCUUCUGCUCCCUUGCACUCUGAUUAAGGGAGGGGAAUGUCUUUAAAUGCUUUAUUUGCCUGUGAUAGUGUAUUCUGUGCCCUUAUUUAGGUAUAUGUGGGUGGAAGCUGUAGAAUGAAUGGUGUCUAGGAAACAUUGUGGAAAUGUAAUCCUCUGCUCAACCAAGAUGUACUGAGCAGCUAAGCAUCCCUUUCAGUAGCAGAGUCAGUUCUACCCCAGCCCUGAGAGGGGUCUACUGAGAAAAUGGAACUGUUGAUGCAAUUCUCUCUGUGGUAGGCAGUUGUCUUUCUAAUUUUAGAACUGAUUUAAAUAGACUGGGAAUGUGUGGAACGUUGUCAUUCCCACUUGAAAAGAAGUCUUCCUUGUCCUUGACUUAAGACUCUCAAGUUCACCAAGUGCCCUGAUGGUUUUUUUUAGCUAAUUCUUCCUCUUAUUUGGUUUUAUUUUUCACUGAUACUUUUUCCAUCAGCUCAUCCACCAGCAUCUCAUGACCUUCUGCUGUGUAUCCCAAUAUUGCUAUCUCUUUUUCCUAAAUCCAAAUAAUGGAAUCCUAUCUCCUUUAAAUGACUAGAGAGAGAGAGAAAGAAAGGGAGAAGUUUUCAAGCCUACACAGAGCUCUCUGUGUAAGCUCAAAAGAUUGUAUCUCUCACCAACAGAAGUUAGUCCAAUAAAAGAUAUUCCCUCACCCACCUUAUCUCCCUAAUAUCCUAGGAACAGCACAGC